AUGACCAGUGUUGGAGUGGCCAUUUAUCACCCAGGCGACGAGCGGGACCCUUGUCAUUGGGCACUCUGGUUACAAUCCGUUGAUCGCCAUUCUGUCAUUCUUCAGGUUGGUGAUGACAAGGGCGGCCGUGGUUAUUAUGUGGAGGAACCCAUUUUCAAGGAGCCGAUGAGAUCAACCAGGCUGAAAGAGGUUGUUCCUUGUGGAACCAUUCCCGCAAGUAGGCACCAUCAAGCAGUCUCGGUGAUUCAGUCCCAUCCAGUGGACAAUCAAAGUACGACCUGGAACUGUCAGGCGUGGGUGAUGGAAAACCUGGACAAUCUGGUCGAUCUCCGUAUGAUGCAACUAGCCCCAGAGACCAAGGCGAAACUGCAAUCUAAGAGGCAGAACUGGCAGUGA